UAUACUAGCAUCGGCCGUUCCAGGUGCUGGAGGGCAGUCGGCUUCUCGCCACGGGACGAGGCAUAUACAUACGCGUUUUUGCGUUUUUCCCUUCACCGUGGCAACGGGCCUUGCUAAACACACGCGACGCGUGUUCCCCUUUGAACCAAGAGGCGGGAGAGAAGACAGAAGAAGAACGGGACGGGCUUCGGCCCGUCGUCCAUCGUCAUCGCAGUCGUAGUCGCUUCGUGGUCGUCGUGUGUCUGCGCUGGUAGCCAAGCCAGAAAGUCGCGUGAGCGCGAGCGUUGGAGGACGGAGCAUCGUCGACGUCGGCGUAGAAGAGAGAAAGUACGAAUAAAAAGGGGAAAAGAGAGCCAAGUGGAGAAAGGAAGAAAAGUAAAGAAGGAGGGAAGAAGCGGCAGGAACGGUCGUGCUGUGAAUUGUGUGUCGCUCUGCAGUGCGACACGUGCGACAUUCGACGACAACACACGCUCGACGCUUCCCGUACUUGCUUACCGCACAACACCGCUGUUGUGCUAAUCAACUUUCGUUCGUGUAGACGUAGACUCUGUACGAGUUCCGUACUACAUAAUAUAGAGACUCCGGUUACGCGCCGUUCUCCUCGUUCCCUUUGUUCUCGUGGCUCCUUCGACCUCGACGCUUCGGAGCCGAUCGACGCCGGACGCUCGUCGAUACGCUCGCACGAACCGCUCUGAGGAAAGCUUUGUUCCCUUACUCCGGAGCAGAAUUUAAGGGCUGAUUUCUAACGAUCCACAGCAAUACAUUUCGAUACUCUCUGUUUGCGUGAUUCUUCGUUCCGGAACAGUAGUGCGUAAAUGAUUGUCCGCAACACACGAAUUUGAAGAAGUGAAAUAGAAAAGAUCGAGGAACUUGUGACUCGGCAAAGGUUGAUGAGAAGACUUGGAUUUCGUGUAUUUGGAGAAAAAAAGACAGGAUUGCGAAUUACUAACGAAGAUAAAGAAACAGAUAGAUUUGGAAAGACACGAAGCGAACGUUCCCGUUCGGAGCAACGCCGCUUUUAUUGUUGCCGGCUUUCUAGAAAGGAAAACACGUAACGCAUGCACAUACGCCAUCGCCGCCGCUCCAGCUGAGUGCAGUGUCCGCUCGAAGAGGAGUAGACAACGAGAGGAUGUGCAGGAGGUCGGCUUGGUGAAACAGCCUUGGCCGAUGUCUUCCGGGCGAUGAUCGCGUCACGAACGUGGAUGCGAAACGAGCCACGUGAAUGUUGUACAUUAUCGAAACUUCCUUUCCGCCAGGCGAAUUAUUCUGGACCGGCAUGGAGCCCAUGAAAGCCAAAAUGGCCCCCGCCGGGAUCCCCCCAGUGAACGGCGUCCUGCAACCACCCGCGGGCUCCACGCUGUCAGGGACCACGAUGACGAACUAUAAGAAAAGCUGGUGGAGGAGAGUGGCCCCCUGCCUAGCCUUCCUCGCCGCUUUUUCCACAGCCAUGGCCUUGCUUCUUGUCUGGAGCGAGGCUGCGGCCUUGAGGAGACAGGCGUUCGAUGCCAACAUGACCAGGGACUACGUGUUGAACAGCGUCUCGAUGGACAAUCCGGAAUUGAUCGCGUACAUCAGAGAGGUACAAUUGAAGCCUACUACUCAACAAGAUCCAUUGAAUGCCACUCAGACCAUGGAAGAAAAAUAUGUGGCCAGCCUAACAGAAGGGAAACGCGAGGGUGUCUACGUGGAGUAUAUAAGCAGGAUAGGUGCCAUUUCUAGCACGGGUUGGCUAGAACGUAAUUUGAGUUGGAGAGGCGUUCUGGUUUUGACUGAUCCCAGAAGCUUCUUCGAAGCUCACAGAAGCACCAGGAAUCCAAGGACCAGGGUUCUUCACGCCUGCCUCAGCACCGAUAAGGAUACCAAAGAGAUUACUUAUCACCAAGAAUCGGAAGUUCAAGUUACCAAGUUAGGCGAGGGCCCGAACAGUCUGGUGUCGUCGGAUGAGGGUCUACCGACCACGCGAUUGAAAUGCUUCCCUUUGUACAGUGUACUUUUAGCGUACAGUGCAACUAGCCUGGAUUAUCUAAGCCUGGACAGUCCGGACACACAGGACGGUCAGGUGUUAGACACGAUUCCAUGGGAGACGACUAGAAUAUCUGUGGUGUCCAUCCGUUGGAGCCCUCACCACAGUGAGAUCGAGACGAAAACACUGAUCGAUAAGAUGACUAGCAGACGAUAUAAACUGAUGUACACAACCGAUACCGGGAAAUUGAUCUUCUUGUACAACGCGUUGCUUAAAAUUUAACUUCCCCUUGACUGUGUUUCGCUUUUUUUUUUGCAAAGCACGCCGGAUCGAUUUACGCUCCCCGUGCGUUUCUCCUUUUUUAAACGUACAGGAGGGUUUUCAGUCGCGAUUAGAAAUAUUUUUUCGUUUUUGAAUAAAUCAAAGACAGAUUCGAUGACAGAAAUACGCGAUUUUCGAUGAGUUCGAAACGAAGCGAGAUCAUUUCGAUGAUCCCGGUUUCGCUAUUGAAACAGAUUUCGCGGGUUCCGUCAACGAACGUACUUUUUAUUUCAUGGAAACAUGUUUCUGUACGCGUGUGCGCACCGGAUCGUAAAAAAAGUCGAUUCCGUUUUCUUGUCUCACAGUUUCUGAUAUCAACGAACGAAUCUACAAAUUGGCUAUCUUUUGUUUCUGCUUCUUUAUCGUGUCUUUCUUUUUUUAAUUUUCGUAUUGAUUAUUUAACAUGACAAAGACUGAGAAAGUUACUUUCGUAAAGUUCAUCGAUCAAAACCCUUUUUUGCGAUGUAAACGCGAAUUUACUGAUCUAAUUCAAUAAUUGAUCUCAUUUUGAUCGUGAAAGAGCUCGAAGCAAAAUAAAACCGAGAAGAACAAAGUGAAAGGAAGUAAACAAUGAAUGUCUAGUUUCGUACUCGUAAUUUUAACGUAGGGUCGUUUUAAAUUAACGUUAAGUCCGACCGAGAUUAUACCGGGACGUUUUAUAGAUAAUCUAGAUUUUAUUUUUGUCAAUGAAGAGAAGACAGCCUCGUGAUCCUGAUUCCUGCCAAAAUAAAAUGAAAAAGAAACGAUUACCCGCGGUUUAACGAGCGCUGUCGCAGUGAUAAUCGAUAAGUUACUCUGAUUACCUACACCACGGGCCUUAUUAGCACGUAAGUUUAUAUUUAGGUAAGCUACGUAGUAUGUAGAAUACGAUAAAUCGGUUGUCUUUUGCUUCUUACCGGGGUAAAAUUCUCCCUUUUCAGUGUCUUUCAUUCUGUUCUGCAUGUCCUGUACUUUACGUCCAGGAUAAAAUAGAUUUUUAUUUGUGGAUGUGAUUCGAAGUUACUGAAUGUCAAUGUAUUCGAGGUAUAUUCGAAUAGCUGCACGGUUACUUUCUUUACUGAUUUUUGAAAGUUGCUACUUACAAAUGCAGAAAUUAUUUCAGAUUUCAUUUCACUCUUCCCACGAUGUAUUAAGUAGAUUCUGUCAGACUACUUAGAAUUCAUUUACGAUUUUCACCCCCGUAGGAACAAAUGAACCCGAUUGCACGAGCGCGUCCAAUGUGACAUUCUCGCUCUUGAACGCUGUAUUUAAUUACGCUCUUCGGAUAAAGCUCAGAACAGAGUUUAUCGGUAAUUUCGAGUCGAGCAGACUGCGAAUUUAUUUUUGGCCGAUUGGUGAUUUAACCAUGACCGAGGACAUCGAUAGUCGGAGGAAAAAUUGUCGUUCCUAUUUCGACGCAAACGUUUCUUAUCGACAACGUUCAGCUGGCAUUCGGCUAUAAAACCGGACAGCCAAUCGAAUAUAAUAAUAAUCGCGCACGGUUUACGAUAUGCUUCGUGACCCGCCGAUAUCACUGAAAUAUGUAGCAAGUUUCGCUCUGCCUCGCGCUUUACCACUAUAUUUACAUACGCGCACUCGUUUGUACUUACGUUAUAAGAGUCCAAGCAUCGUUUAUGUAGUUUCGAGCGAUAUAUGUGUUUUUUUUUUUAUACUCUCUUGUUUCUCAAUAUCUAAAGCACCCUGAAAACAAAAUGUUUUUGUACUAUUUAUUCUAAGAUAAUUGAUUGAAUGUCUCUCAAGAACAAUAAAGAUAGAUAUUUUGGA